AUGUUGUGUGCAGCAUCAUCCGUAAUAUUCCUUCUGUUGCUGCCAACAACUGGGUUUGCUCAUGUGCGACUGAUCUAUCCGCCAGCGCGAUAUCCUGCACUAGACUUCAUCAGCAAUCAGCACUCGACUUCACCGUGCGGUGUCACGAAACCUGCAAAAGAUACUUCGUCCGUAUGGAUUCGUUCUGGACAACCGCUCAAUGUCACAUGGUUCUCGUCUGCCCCCUACCAUGGUGGCUAUAGAAUCGAACUGCUGGAUGAAACCGAUGAAACGAUCGCACUGCUCACGGAUGGAACAAAUUUUGUGGGUGUGAAUGAUACGUCGUAA